GGGGAAAGUUUGCAUUGCAAUCCCGCUGCCUGGCUCUCCUUUCUCCCGAUCCGUGCAUAUUUGCGAAAGGAUUAAGCCCCAGAUUUAAGCGCCGGGAGCCCAUUCCUGCCUCGCCGAGGACACCGGACCGCACGAACCCACGCCAGCUCUGAUUUCUUGUCGGCCAGUGGGAAGGUGGUUUAUUUUCCUUGCUUUUUGGAGUCAACACCCUUCCCCACCAGCCCUCCUCCCCACCCUCACCCCGCAACCCCUCCCCACUCCCCAUCCUCCCACCACCCUGCAAAGAGGCAAAGGGAUUUUUUUUUUCUUUUGGUCUUCUUUUCCCCCCUGCUCUGUUUAUCCUGAAAAGGAUUUGAAGACAGCUUGACGGAUAAAAGCCUGGUGCUUCCCGGAGCCGGGCUGCGCUGCUCGGAGAUGGACGAGCAGCCCAGGCUGAUGCACGCCCACGCGGGGGUCGGCAUGGCCGGGCACCCCGGCCUGUCCCAGCACUUGCAGGACGGGGCCGCGGGGACCGAGGGGGAGGGCGGCAGGAAGCAGGACAUCGGGGACAUCCUCCAGCAGAUCAUGACCAUCACCGACCAGAGUUUGGACGAGGCGCAGGCCAGAAAACAUGCUUUAAACUGCCACAGAAUGAAGCCUGCCUUGUUUAAUGUGCUGUGUGAAAUCAAAGAAAAAACAGUUUUGAGCAUCCGGGGGGCCCAGGAAGAGGAGCCCACAGACCCGCAGCUGAUGCGCCUGGACAACAUGCUGCUUGCGGAGGGCUCGGACUACAGGGCCAAGCUGUCUCAGAUCAGGCAGAUCUACCACACGGAGCUGGAGAAGUACGAGCAGGCCUGCAACGAGUUCACCACCCACGUGAUGAACCUCCUGCGGGAGCAGAGCCGGACCCGGCCCAUCUCCCCGAAGGAGAUCGAGCGCAUGGUCAGCAUCAUCCACCGCAAGUUCAGCUCCAUCCAGAUGCAGCUGAAGCAGAGCACCUGCGAGGCCGUCAUGAUCCUGCGCUCCCGCUUCCUGGACGCACGGCGGAAGAGACGGAAUUUCAACAAGCAAGCGACGGAAAUCCUGAACGAAUAUUUCUACUCCCACCUCAGCAACCCUUACCCCAGCGAGGAAGCCAAAGAGGAGCUAGCCAAGAAGUGCGGCAUCACCGUGUCCCAGGUAUCAAACUGGUUUGGAAAUAAGCGGAUCCGGUACAAGAAGAACAUAGGUAAAUUCCAAGAGGAAGCCAAUAUUUACGCUGCCAAAACGGCUGUCACUGCCACCAACGUGUCAGCCCACGGAAGCCAAGCUAACUCACCCUCAACUCCCAACUCAGCUGGUUCUUCCAGUUCUUUUAACAUGUCAAACUCUGGAGAUCUGUUCAUGAGCGUGCAGUCACUCAAUGGGGACUCUUACCAAGGGGCCCAGGUUGGAGCCAACGUGCAAUCACAGGUGGAUACUCUUCGCCAUGUUAUCAGCCAGACAGGAGGAUACAGUGACGGACUCGCAGCCAGUCAGAUGUACAGCCCGCAAGGCAUCAGCGCCGAGGGCCUUUGGCAGGAUGCGACCACCCCUUCCUCAGUGACCUCCCCCACAGAAGGCCCUGGCAGUGUUCACUCCGAUACCUCCAACUGACCUCCCCGCCGCCGCCUCCCGCCGACCCUGCGCCCAGCCGGGGGGCCGGGAGGGAGGGCGAGUCCCCCCCGAAGCCGUCGGACCGGAGGGCGAAGCCACGUGGGCACGCGACGAGCCUCCCCCUCCGCUCCUCCUCGGGAUGCGCCUCCCGCCGAUCCGGACUCUUCUUUAUACUGUCCUCCCGUUUCUCUGGGUAGAAGCCGCCCUCCCUGCCUCCGGCCGUCAGCCCGGUGCCCGUCACCUUCCCUGCCCCGCUGCCCCGUCCUUCACGCCCCGGUCCCCGCCCUCCGCACGUCACCGAAGGAUAUUUUCAACAAUCAGAGAUUUAAAGAGGAAACGAAAACAAAGAAAAUAAUAAAAGCGUUUGUAUGUUUUCA